AUGGGAUUAUUUCAAAGUCGAGACAACAAAAAAAGUCAAUUUUACUGUUGUCAAAUUUGUAAAGAAAACAAUAUUACUGUCCAGUAUGCGCAUAACUCUUCAACUGGAAAUAUGCUUGGCCAUCUUUGGUCAAAGCAUCGAAUUGAUAAAGACUAUCCUGAGAAAACCAACACUAAUGGCUCAAUUAUUAAAGUGAUGCAUGUUAUUACAAAAUGGAGGCAGGAAAAAAUAACGCAAUUAUUGGUUGAAUUUAUUAUUGAAGAUUGUCAACCUUUUCACAUUUUACAAAGUAAAGCUUUUUGUUGUUUCCUAAACUAUAUGGAGGCUGGAUUUCAAAUUCCUUGUGAACAGACUGUGAAAAAAAUAAUUAAUAAGGCAUAUGAAUGGAGCCAUGAUCAAUUAUUCAGUAUGAUAAAUAUGGAUGAAAAAUGCAGAUAUUUGAAGAUUCACCAAACAAUCGAUGAUGUGCCAACAAGAUGGAAUUCCUCAUACUUGGCUUGGAUUUGGCUUAAAGAGUUACGAAAAGUGAUUGAAUAUCUUGGUUUAAUGUUGUCUUCAGAAUUAGAACCCACCAACAUAUUUUCAGGUUCAAGCUAUCCUACUCAUAACCUGAAAUUACUCAUUAAUAAGUUUGCACCUUCUAAUGAACAAACUGAAGAAGACUAUGUCGAUUUAUUAUUUGAAUCUAGUAGUAGACAUGUUAAAGAAAAUUUUUAUUAG